AUGUAAAUCUUUGAGAUCAUACUUGUGUAAAAACCGUGAUAAGAAGCUACCUAUAAAAGUUGUUUGUCAAUUUGCCCUUGAUAUUGCGAAAGGGUUGAGUUAUCUUCAUUCCAAGAAGAUAAUUCAUCUUGAUGUGAAGCCAGAGAACAUACUUAUCGACAGUCAAAACAAGAUGCUGUAACUUGCUGAUUUUGGAGAGGUAGUUUUUGAUCCUUUAGAGUUAUUUACGAGUGGUGAAGUCGGGACUCGAGGUUAUAUGGCUCCUGAGGUUUUAAGCAAAAAACCAUACGGAUUUAAAUGUGAUGUUUAUAGCUUUGGGAUAUGCUUGUGGGAGAUAUAUUGUUGUGAAAUGGCAUAUACGUAUGACUUAGACAACAUCCCGGUAGAAAUAUACAAGGAAAUGCGACCGAGCAUACAUGUGAAUUGUCCAAGAUCACUUGCUCGGUUAAUGCAAAGUUGUUGGGAUACGGACUCUAGAAGAAGACCGGAGAUGAAGGACGUGGUUGUUGAAUUGGAAGAAAUCAUGAAAAUCGAAGGGUGGCAAGCAUUGUCAAAGGAUCAAAAUAAUGUUUUCGGUUGCUUCGGAUUCUUAAGCCAUGCAAGAUAGGAUAGAUGAUGCAAGUAGAGUCAAUUUCAUGUAAACACAGAUUACAUACAUAGGGAUGUUAACGUUGUAAACUAUAUACCAUUUUUAUGUUUUGUUGUUUAAAUGAAAUCAGCUGGUGUGACUGUUUAUUUUCUGUGAGACAGUCAUGAACUCAUCAUUCAGCAACAACAAUCAAUGGCAACAAAACAAAAACAAACAAGG